AUCUCUACAAUGAGCAUAAGAAUAGACUCAAUUACAAUUCAAAACCCAGGCUACUGUAUUUCUCCAUCAGCUACUUCCUUGCUUCAAUCCCAUCCCUCUAUACACACACACCCUAAUAAAUCUCUACAAUGAGCAUAAGAAUAGACUCAAUUACAAUUCAAAACCCUAGCCUGAAGAGAGCUUAUUCUCCUUCUACAAUGGCGCUCUGUUUUUCUCCGCACUCGUCACUAGGGUUUGAAGCUCUGCACAGACCGGACAAUUACUAUAAAAUGUCAAUUGUAGCCCGGUUCGUUCAGCCCAGAGGCCUUGGCCUUAACCUGAUUCCAUUACGUGGGCGGAAUUUUCGGGAACGUUCAGUUUUGUCGUUCGCGGCUUCACAAGAGGAAUCGAAGCCAUCAGGUAUUGAAAUAGAGAAGGAGGAGGAUCUUAAAUCUGGAGCGGAAGAAUCAGAAGAAGCAUGGAAACAAACAUUAGAUUCUUUUAAAGAACAAGCCUUAAAGAUGCAGAGUAUAUCGAAGGAAGCGUACGACGUGUAUUCUGAAAAGGCUAUAGUCAUUUUAAAAGAAACUUCAGAAAAAUCAAAAAUUCUAGCAGAUAAAGCAAGAGAUGAGCUGAGCAAAAUUGCAAAAGAAAUUGCUGAAGAGAGUAAAACAUAUUUAGCCACAGCUGCAGAGAAUUCCCCUGAACAAGUGAAGGAUAUUGUUGAAACGUUUGCCUACCCUGCGGAUGAGCUCAAUGAUGUCUCUAAAGUACGGGACUUUUAUGUUGGAAUACCUUAUGGUGCUCUUCUUUGUGCUGGUGGCUUUCUAUCCUUCAUGCUAACUGGAAGCGUUUCUGCAAUCAGAUUUGGUAUUAUACUUGGUGGUACUCUUUUAGCCAUCAGUAUAUCAAGUUUAAGAUCAUGGAAUAAAGGAGAGUUGUUGCCUUUAGCCUUGAAAGGACAGACAGCAAUUGCUACCAUAUUGUUUCUUAGGAAUUUGCGCAUAUGGUCCAUGCGACCAUUUGUUGCGAAUUUUGUUACAACUAUCAUAAGUGGCGCAGUGGCAGCGUUCUUUGUGUAUAGGAUCGUCAGAGAUGGUGGAGACACAAAGGGAGGAUCCAGUUUGGAAGCCAGCCCAGAAAAUUAAUCCUUGUGUAAAGGGUCUCCUGUCUUUCCCUGGUGUGCUUGAGGUGAAGGGUCGGUCAGUUUGUACUAUGCAGUGGAUUUGUCAAGAGUUGACACUAUAAAUAGCCCAGAAUUGCGGAAUAUGUUAGAAGUAGAUUUGUAAAGUGACUUGUUUCAACAUGAAGUUCGAGCGUAUUAUUUAGAAGGGCAUAGAAUGUGAGGAAAUAAAUUUGGAUAACAUAUUGUGAAUCUUUGUACUAAGAAUCAAUUGUUUGCUUUGCUUAUCCCUCAUUGAAGGUCAUCUGUGUUUUAUGUAUCGACUAUACAGUCUAUACUACUGUUUUUCAGUUUGUCA